AACUCCAGAUUCUCCCUAUCUCCUGCCUGCCUCCUGGUCUUUCAGGAAACAGCUUUGCUUGUAACAGGAUACAGGUUUUUCUUUGGAGAUUCCAGACUUCCAGGAGUACAGUCACCUUUACAAUUAACUGUUUCACCUCUCCCCAAGCCCCCUGUCCCACAUGAAGCUGUGGUCAAGCAGAAGAUCCCCAGAAAAUUAUGGAAGGUUGGAAUGCUGCGACAUAGGAGCAAAGUCCACGCUGUGGCAGUCAGCGGCUCAACCCACAACGUGUACACGUGUGGCUUGGGCUACAUCAGGGUGUGGGAUGAGAGUUCUCUGCACGCGUGGGAAAAGACCCCUACGGCCCAGCUGGACCUUCAGGACCCCCAAAGGUGUGUCCUUGUCUGCAAGCUGACCCCCGAUGAGCAGAGCCUGGUCACAGCAGGCAGGUCGAGGACCUUGACUCUCUGGGACUUGGCACCCACUCCCCGUGUCAGGGCAGAGCUGCCUUCAACAGGCUCCUUCUGUUAUUCCCUGGCCAUCUCCACCGAUGCCCGCAUCUGCUUGGCUUCCUUCCGAGGCUUUGUUGAGGUCUGGGACUUGCAGAACCAACAGUUGAUCAGGAACCAAGUAGUGCCCAUAUGUGGGUCCCGAUGCGUCGACAUCACAAGCACUAAGUUUUGGACAGGAGGUGAGGACGCCAAGCUGUAUUCCUGGGACCUGAGAAGCUAUAAGAUCCUGCAGCAGCACUUCUUGCAGUAUGAGAUCCUCAGCAUCACUCAUGACCCCAGCGAGGAGUGGAUGCUAGCAGGCCUGGGAAAUGGUGAAAUCGUUACCAUUCACACUCAGCGGAAAGAGCAGUUCAAGGUUGUUGGGCUGGAGUGCAGCAGCCAGCACAACCUCAAGUUUGCCGCCAAUGGGAGCUGCUUUGUGGACACAGUGGAUGAUUACAUAAGGUGCAUAGAGGUCCCCUCUCUACGGAGGCUGUUCCAGGUCCAGGAGCCUUCCGAGAUCCUGUGUUGUGAUCUGUCGUCUGACAACCAGUACCUGGUUACCGGCUGUAAGAAUGGUGCAACGGUGUACCAGCUCCUGUACUGAAGGCUGUGCACCGUGCAUGGCUGGGGUCAGGGUGGGUGGGGAGGUGAUCUUGGUUUCCUGGUCAUUUUCAAUACCUGCCACCCAUCCACCUUGGCUUUGUACUCCCAGGUUCUUAUCACAUAGCUUGGGCUUUUUUCCUAACCAGCAAUUUCUGGGUUUGG